AUGAACAGGAUCUCGUCUCCUUACGAUACCUACAUAGCAAGGUAUUAUACUGAGAAAAUUAAUGAAAAAAAAGCUGAACUGGAAGAUCUGCAUGCUGGAAAGCAUAAGCAGUGGGCAAUUAUGAAAGCAGGUUUAAGUAUGAAGUAUAAAGAACAUGUUUCUUUUUAUGAGGCGGCAGAUAAGCUGGAAAAAGAAAGAAUUGCUGCCGAAUUUGAAAGAGAGCAAAAAGCUGCAGAUUCUGAAUUAGAAGAACGUUUAGCAGAGUUAUUGGAUUCAUUAAUACAAUUCAUUAAAGCUACAUCAUCUUUUUUCGAAUUUCAGUACUCUUUUGCAUUAGCUCAUGAUCUCGUCGCCUUUGAUGACCCAAAUAAUAAAAAGAUGAUUAAUGCGAAGUUCUCCAAAGUAUUUUGCUUUUUACACAAGAAUAGUUUUUUUCAGGAGUGCGAAGAGCAAAAGAAACAAGCCAAGCAUGAAUUUAAUAAUUGCGAUAUUGCGUCAACAUCUGGUUACGCUUAUCCGGCAAGUAAAAAAAGUUUGAGGAGGAGACCAAAUGAGUUGCCCUCUUAUAGCGAAAAAAGGAUGCGUUCUAAAAACCCCCAGCAGGUUGUUUUUCAGUUACCUGAGACUAUGAUAUCUGACGACCUCGAGUUCGUCGCUAAUAGUAUUGAAAAAGCGGAAAGAAGUAACACUCCUGACAGUAACAGUCGGUCAAGUAUUAGUCAGUAG